GGCUAUCACCACAAAACGGCCAAUAACCUUUGCCGGUAUAAAUUGACACAGUUCAGAAGCAUCCAUCAGUACAGACACAGCUCUUCUCAGUGGUGGAUACUUCAUGAAAACAAUGAGUACCGUUCAGAAUAGAUUCAUAACAGAAGGGGUGUUUCUGAUAUUAUCAGCGACAAUCAUAACUGCAUCUUCAUUACAUAACGAAGAAAGCAUUGAUGUGCAUUCCAAGUUGAACAGAGCAGGAGCAUUCCUGCCGACAGAGCCGGAGGAAUCAUCCGCUCACACAAUGCAGCGCAGGAACGAUUUCUUCCUGAAGGCGACUGGAAAGUCAGGACCGUAUCUGCCAAGGAUAGGAAGGCGCAACAUCAUCUAUCCAGAGAAAAAAGAAGAUGUUGAAAGUCCUUUUGUGGUCAGCAGGAGAAACGAUUUCUUCUUGAAAGCGCACAAGUCAAUUCCGAGAAUAGGCCGGAGAAACAGCUAUAGUGCGCCUCAGACUCCAACUGAAGAUCAAACUCCAUACAGUCAACGAAUUUCCAAAAAGUUCGACUCUGAGGUCAUGGAAAAAUCAGAGGCAUCAGCUUGGCCAUGGUUUAGAGCUCCAGGCUUGUACGUUCCACAAAAGAGAGCCAUCUAUUUCACAGGUGGGUACAAAAUAAUCAAAAAACUCUUCUGAAUUGGGAAAUUCAAC